AUGAUAUUCCUCAUACAGCUGCUUCUUCUAUCACCCGGCCGGCUGGCCGCGGAUGGGGAUGGCGUCGACAAUAAGAUAUAUUCCGGCUCAGCCCCGGAUAAUGCUUCAAAGAUUGCGCCCGCCCAUAAUGUGAUUCGAAUCGGCCAUAUUGGUGCCGUCAACACGAUGCCGAACUACGAAAAAGUGCUCGAGCUGUCCCGACAAGAGCUGCUAGCCGACGGGACGUUUGGAGAUGAUUUUGAUGUCGAAGUAAUCAACAAGAACGGCUGCGGUGAUGCGUUCGAAGGAGUGGCCGCGGCGGCCGACAUGUACCACGUCGACAAAGUGAUGGCGUUCCUGGGGCCCUACUGUAAUUCGGAAAUGGUACCCGUGGCUACGAUGGCUGCAUAUUGGAACAAGCCGAUCAUCGCCUACAUGGCCACCUCGAACGCGUUGGCCGACAAGAAGAUCUACAAGACGCUGGCAAGAGUGUCAAUCCGGACGAUCAACACCCAGGCCGAGGCCACCGGCGCGUUCAUUCGGCACUAUAAAUGGCGAAAAGUGGCUUUUGUGACGAAUGCUGGGGCGGCAGCGUAUGAAAAGAUUGUCGCCUUCGAGAAGGUCUUCCGCCGGAUGGGCGUCAACGUCGUCAAGAAGAUCGUCUUCGACGAGACGGCCACCGCCCAGGACAUGAUCAGCAGCGGCCAGAUUGAUGAGAUCAAGACGACCAGCAGAAUCGUUAUCGCGCUGUUCUCCUCGGUUCGUGACCUCACCACCGAAUUCCGAAAGGCUACGGAAGCGUCCGGUCUCUCCACCUCGGAAUACGUCUUCGUCUUCCCGUCAAUCCAGGAAGGAGCUAAUGGGGCAUCUCCAUUUGUUGGAUCUUCAAACGACAUGCUCGACUCGGUCAAGAAGAAUUAUGCUAAUUGCAUUCUGAUCGAUGACGUCAACGGAUUUGACGAUCGUUUGAUGACACCCUUUUUGGAGAGAUUGUCUGCCAUUGGGCUCGGAGCUGAGGAUAUCGAUUUGAAAAACAUCUACGGCUACAUCUCGCUGUACGAUUCGAUGAAGAUUUUUGGGCUUGCCGGGCGUCGUGUGUUGGAAGCGACCAAGAAUUUCUCGGAGAUCACCAACGGGAAGCGGAUGUUUGAUACGAUGAGGAGGAUGACGUUCUCGGGGAUGGCCAGCGUGGCUGGAAGUGGAUCCGGGACUGUACUGCUUGAUGACCAGGCGGAGAGGUUGCCGUUUUAUAGCGCCUUCUACGUCUCGGCCGAACGUAAUCGCGUCCUCUCCAUCUGCAACAUCACCCCCUCCCUGAUGCCGGCCUCAAAAUGUUCCAAAGAAGAAGACAACCCCGGCUGCGUAGACAUCGUCAGUAGUCCGCUCGGCUACAAACUACAACCGCAGUCGCCCUCCAAAGACACUUUUCAAGUAUCGGAUGUGCAGUCUGGGUUCUGGAAUUCCGUCGGAGGACAAAUGCCGAUUGAUGAGCCGGCCUGUGGGUUCCGAGGGGAAAAAUGCGACUACACCCUGAUCAUCGUCUGUGCAGCAGCCACCCUCGCCCUGAUCUCCGCCGUCAUUUCGGCAUUUCUGCUGAAGAGGCAUUGCGAGAGCCGAGCCCUAAACAAUAUGCCGUGGCGCAUCUUCCGUGAUGAUAUGAGAAUAGUGAACGAGGAUGAAGUCAAAUCGAUGUUAUCCCUCGGGUCCCAGCGCACAAAACUCUCGAAUAUGGGCAGCAGUAUGGUGAAGCAUCACGCGAUUAUUGGAGUCAAUACGCAUGCCACCUACCAUAUGUAUCAGCAGAAUAGACAGAUCAAGUUUGGGAGGCAGGACUUGGUGCUGCUGAUGAGGAUGAAACAAGCCGUCCACGACAACCUGAACCCCUUCCUCGGCAUGACGUUUAAUGAGAAGAACGAGCUCCUGCUCCUCUGGAAAUUCUGCUCCCGCGGUACCCUCCAGGACCUCAUCUACAACGAGAACUUCGUGCUGGACGGGAAAUUCCACGGGGCUUUUGUCCGCGAUAUUACGCUGGGUCUGGAAUAUUUGCACACGUCGAACAUUGGGUUCCACGGGUCGUUGACAACGUGGUCUACCCUGAUUGACAGAAAUUGGCUGGUGAAGCUCACAGAUUACGGCAUUAAUGACGCGAUAAGCCGCUGGGAGAAGCACGGCUCCAUCGAGUUGGAGAGCCUGAAGGAUGGGGAGGAGAAGAGUGGAGCUUGGCAGAAAAUGGGCGUGCUAUACGUUGCCCCGGAUAUCCGGAUGCAAAACGACAAAAACAAGAAACGACGUAUGGAUCAGAAAUGGGUGGAGCAAACGUUCGAACGCCGCCGUGCCGCCGACAUCUACGCGUUCGGCAUUGUCAUCUACGAGAUCCUCUUCCGAAUGUUCCCCUUCAGCAACAAGGUUGACCUCGAUGAAAUUGCCGACAAGGCGAUGCUCGGCGAAAAGGUGGCCCGCCCGUCCGUCCAUUCUGGGGCUCAAAUUCAUCCGGAUCUGCUAGCCUUGCUACAGGACUGCUGGAGCGACACGCCGGAAGUUCGACCAACGAUUCGACGCGUUCGCCUGUCCACGGAAUCCUACCUGAAAACUAAGGGAAGUCUCGUCGACUCGAUGAUGAGGAUGAUGGAGGAGUAUGCCAAUAAUCUGGAGAAGCUGGUGGCUGAGAGAACUGGAAUGUUAGAGGAAGCGAAUCAGAAGGCAGAUCGAUUGCUGUCACAGUUGCUGCCAAAAUACGUCGCAGCUGAACUUAAAGCCGGACGUGGAGUCCCCCCAAAAAGUUACGCCACGGCUACCGUACUCUUCUCGGACGUGGUCGGCUUCACGAAGAUGUGCUCCUCAUCUACCCCGCUGGAGGUGGUGAACAUGCUGAACUCCGUCUACUCUGGCUUUGACGCCGUCAUCAACAAGCACGAGGCUUACAAGGUAGAGACGAUCGGCGACGCGUACAUGGUCGUGUCGGGGGUGCCGGAAGAAAACGGAAAACGCCAUAUUGCGCACAUUGCUGACAUUUCGUUGGAGAUUAUGAAGUUCUUGGCUGACUACGAGGUCCCCCACCGCAAGGGUCAACGUCUCCGCUGUCGUCUCGGCUUCCACACUGGCUCCGUCGCCGCGGCUGUCGUUGGGCUGAACGCGCCGCGCUACUGCUUGUUUGGAGAUACGGUAAACAUGGCCUCCCGGAUGGAAAGCACCGGUGAACCCGAGAAGAUCCAGAUCUCACAAGCAGCCAAGGAUCUGCUACACCAAGAAUACCCCGAAUUCGUCGUUACGUAUCGACACGAGAUGGAGAUCAAGGGAAAAGGCGUGCAAAAGACGUACUUCCUCGAGUCGAAAGACAUGGACUACUUUCGUCGACAAUCC